AUGAUGGACAAUCUCACAGCGUCACAAAUGCUUAUUCCGAUGACUCUCUGCCUCGGCUUUCUCGGGGCAGCUUUGAUCAUCUUCCUUCACAACAUGUUGGUGAAGCCCCUCCUGCUGCAGCGCCGGCUGAACUCCCUGGGAGCCAGAGGCCCUUCCUACAAGUUCUUCUUUGGGAACACUCUGGAGAUGAAGAAGCUCAGACAGGCAUCCAUGGCGAAACCCAUGUCAGGAAUCUCUCACGACAUCUACCCGAGAUUGCAACCUCACCUCUCCGCUUGGACCAAGACUUAUGGCCGGAAUUUCACGUUCUGGUUCGGCUCUCGCCCUUUCUUGGUCUUGUCGGAGCCGAAUCUGGUGAAGGAAGUAGCGGCCGAUCGGGAGAAAGCUUAUCGGAAAGUGGAGCCCAAAGGAAUUAUGAAGACAAUGCUUGGAGAUGGGCUCGUGACGUCUGGUGGUGAGAAGUGGGUCAAGAUGAGGAAGUUGGCCAACCAUGCUUUCAAUGGCGAGAGCUUAAAGAACAUGACUUCGGCCAUGAUCGCUAGCACAGAAAUGAUGCUUGAGAGGUGGAAGAAUCACGUGGGGAAAGAGAUUGAGGUGUAUGAAGAAUUCAAGUUCUUAACUUCCGAAGUCAUAUCGAGAACUGCUUUUGGAAGUAAUUUCGUUGAAGGAAAGCGCAUUUUUAACUUGUUAAGUAAGAUGGUCGAGCUUGCUGCAGCCAAUUUCUUCAAAGUUAGGAUUCCUGGAAUCAGCAAGAUCUACAAAAGCAGAGAUGAUACUGAAGCGGAAAAGCUAGAACAAGGCAUACGAGCUGUCAUACAGGGAAUGCUGAGAAAGAGAGAAGAGAUGGUGGCGAAUGGUGAAGCAGAAGACUUUGGGAGCGACUUCUGUGGGUUACUUUUGAGUUCUUAUCACGAAACCGAUGAAUCCAAGCGGAUUUCGGAGGAUGAUCUCAUAGAUGAGUGCAAGACAGUGUAUCUUGCUGGACAAGAAACAACCAAUACUCUGCUCUCCUGGGUUAUGUUGCUUCUUUCUAUCCAUACAGAUUGGCAGGAGAAAGCAAGAUCGGAAGUUCAGACCCAUUUGGGCGACCGAGCACAUGAUGCAGAUGGGAUUUCAAAGCUCAAGACUGUGAGCAUGAUAAUCAACGAGACCCUGCGAUUAUAUCCUCCUGCAAUUGGGAUGGCUCGGAGAGUGGUGAAGGAAGUCCAGCUCGGGAAGCACACACUGCCAAAGAACACAUACUUCACCAUCGACACUCUAACUCUCCAUCAAGAUCCUGAAAUUUGGGGGGAAGACGCGCUGCAGUUCAAUCCAGAGAGGUUCUCCGAAGGAGUUGCCAAAGCGACGAAGAACAAUGCAUCUGCAUUCGUCCCCUUCGGUAUAGGACAGCGAGUUUGUGCUGGAUCCAACUUCGCAGCACACGAAGCGAAGAUUGCACUUGCCAUGAUCCUUCAGCGUUAUGCGUUCACGCUCUCACCUGCUUAUGUGCACUCUCCACUUCAAAUCAUAACAAUCCGGCCGGAGCACGGUGUUCAGGUCAUCCUCCAUGCUCUGUAGUAGCGAUGUAUUUACUAUGGUAUAGAAUGUAUUAUGUGAGUGGAAUAAGCCAAUAGGAGUGUGGGUGUGAAAAGUAUGGGUUUAUGUAAAGCAUGUUUGAGGUGAAUCUGUGUUUCUGCAUAUUGAGUGAGAUUUUGGAGGUGCUUGGAAGAUUUGUUGAU